UGUGUAAAAAAUAAAAUGACUGAUGGCUCACUGGUCCCCACUGGCUCACAACACAACAAGCCAACACAGCCUCCCACCUGCCGCCUCCAAGCUCCCAUCAGGCUCCUGCUCUCAUUGGUCGGCCCGCCUGUCACUCACACGGUUGUCGGGGUCAUUUCAGUCCAGUUGACAGUUGUGUGUCAGAUCAUAUCUGAACCUGAAAGUGAGACCAGAAUGGCGGGACGUCUUCUUCUCCGAGCCUGCACAACAACAACAACACUGCAGCUGAGGAGCAAUGUGGCGGUCAGACCAUUACACCGGGCCAUGGCCACAGUGAGAGGAGUGCCAACAGAUGAAGAACAGGCAACUGGACUGGAGCGACGUGCCCUGCAGGCCUUCAAACAGGGAAAGGAUCCUUACAGUAUCCUGAAGCCUAAAGAGUACGCAGGCACCAAAGAGGACCCUCACAUUGUGCCAUGCAUUGGAACCAAGAGGCUUGUGGGCUGUCUUUGUGAGGAAGACAACACUGCGAUUGUGUGGUUCUGGCUCCAUGAGGGAGAUGCCCAGCGCUGUCCUUCCUGUGGUUCCCACUAUAAGCUGGUCCACCACGAGCUGCCCCACUGAAACCAAAAACACAAGCUCUGUACAGACGGGACGACACUGAUAUCCAUAUUUGCCUUCCUCAUGGCCAUAUACUGCAAUGUGUGCACAUGAUUUAUCAUUAAAAUGUAUACUUGAA